AUGAAUGCUACCUUCAUUUCAAGUAGUUUACAACAAGCUGUUUUUAUCAAUUGCUUGUGUCAAAAUGUCAAUUUCCGUUCUGCCAAUCUUAAACAUGCUGAUUUUAGUGGCGCUAAAUUAAAAGGCUCGACUUUUACACAAACACGUCUAGAACGAACGAAUUUUUCUCGUGUUAACCUUUCUGGAAUGACAUUCUAUAAUAUUAAUUUAUUGGAGUCCAAUUUUACGGAUAGUUCAUGUGUAGGAACUGUAUUCGCUCGAGCGACCUUGACGAGCACUCAUUUUAAUCGAGCUAAUGUACAAGAUGUUGACUUUAGUUUUGCUAAUAUACCACGAACUAGUUUUGCUAAAGCUGAUUUAAGAUUAGCUACAUUCACGGGCCCGACAUUAAUUAAUGCAACUUUUGAAAAAGCUAAUGUAACUAUGGCUAAUUUUUCAUAUUCCAUUAUGUCAAAUAAGACAAGUAUUUCAAAUGAACAAUUAUUAAGUACUGCUUCAAUACGAGGUGCUGUACUACCAAAUGGUUCUGUUAUUAAUCAAGAUCCUAAUCUGUUACGCAAUGGAAAUGUUGAUUUCGAAUUUGACAGUUAUGGAUGGUGUGACGAUCUGAUUUUAACAUUAGAAGCUAUACCACGAAAUUCAUCUAUGUUGUAUGCAUAA